AUGUCGUUUCGCUCAGCAGCUUCAGCAUACGAUAAACACAAUGAUUCGGCCACCUUUAAUGACUCAUCAACAUCCUCUUGUGACGGGGAGAACGCUAGCCUCUCUCUGGAUUCAAAUACUUAUGUUGAUGAUUUCACUACACCACCACUAGACCAAAGAAAAAGACGAUAUAGAAGAGUGACGGGUCGGACAGCCACACCAAUACCUGUUGAACCGAUUGAACACACGUUGGGCCCGCUAAAUCUCCACUUAUAUAAACAGAGGCCACAGUUAAAAGUGGCUCAUUCUUAUGUGAAGCAUCACCAGGAUAAACAGACAGCCAUACCUACAAGAGCUAAGCCAGAGGUUGCCUACCUGAGUGAGUUCUACUCGCCAAACAGAGAUCCCAUCUCUCCUACAACGGCAAUGCCACAACCUUCCUCCCUUAAAGACGAGUCUCUUAGUCGUCCAGAAUCUUCACCCACGUCACUUUAUUCGCUAGAAGAUGUAUCAGACGGUGACUGCCCUGGUACAGAUUGUGAGGAAGAGUGCCACACAUCACCGAACAAGGGAGCGUGUGGCAGUAUCAAACCCCCGUGCUUAAAGUUAAGUGCAGAAUUCAGGGAUGAACCAAAGGGCCCUCUGAGAGCGCAGACAAUCACUGACAAAGAGUUCUACCACUUCAUCAACGGGAAGGAGAUGGCUACCGUCAUGUUCUACAUCAAAGGCAGGACCUCUAAAUCCAACAUGCAAGUGUGGGACAGAGAGGCUAGAGAGGAAACCAUUGACGGUGACCAGGCCUACGGCGUUGUUGACUGCGAUGCUGAACCAGAGUUGUGUGUGCGUGAACACAUUCCAUCAGUCCCCUACUUCAAGAGAUACUGCGGAGGUUACCCGGUCUAUGCCGGGAAAAGAUUCAAAAUUUAUCAUAGUUAA